GCUGCUAGGCGAGCCCUCGGAUUAGUUCAUGCUACUGCUCCGACAAGUUUGCGUCCAGGCGUAUCACAUGGCGUGCAAAAAUCCGGUAGUGAACGUGAAGCAGGGGCAGCUGCGCGGCGUGGUCGAGGACAACGUCUAUGGCGAACAAUACCUCGCCUUUCGUGGGAUCCCGUACGCGAAGCCUCCCACUGGUCCGCUCAGGUUCAAGGAUUCCCAACCUCCCGAGCCAUGGACCGGAUGCAGGGACGCCACUAAGUACAGCAACGUUUGCGCUCAGUUCGACUUCAUUGUACGAGAAGUGGUCGGAAGCGACGAUUGCCUGUAUCUGAACGUGUACACGCCAUUGGAUAACGCAGCCACGAAGCGGUCUGUGAUGGUCUGGGUGCACGGCGGUGCCUUUGUUCAAGGAUCCGGCGACAACUAUAUUUAUGGGCCCGAUUAUCUCAUCCGCAAGGACAUCGUCCUGGUCACCAUUAAUUACAGGCUUGGGAUAUUGGGUUUCCUCAACACACAGAACGAAAUGGCUCCAGGUAAUCAAGGACUGAAGGACCAAGUGAUGGCGCUGAGAUGGGUCAAGGAUAAUAUCGCGAGCUUUGGCGGUGAUCCAGAGAACGUCACGAUAUUCGGAGAGAGUGCUGGGGCUGCCUCGGUGCACUUUCUCAGCAUAUCGCCCAUGGCUCGAGGAUUGUUUCACAAAGUGAUAGCGCAGAGCGGAGUGGCGUUGAAUCCUUGGACCAUGAGCGCCAAGAACUCAAAAGAGUCCGUGUUUCAGCUGGUUGCCAAACUAGGCAAAGAGACGACCGAUCUUGAAACAGCCGUGGAAUAUCUGACGACGUUGGACCCGCUAAAAAUCAUAGUCGCCGAGUGUGAACUUCUCACGCCAGAGGAUAGGUUCACUAUGUUUGGAUUCUUCGGACCAACCGUCGACGAUAAAUCCCCGAACCCAUUUAUUCCACAACAUCCAACGGUUCUAAUGAAAAACGCUCCUAGCGUGCCCUAUUUGCUUGGUCACAAUAGUAACGAAGGAAGCUUCUUGGUUACGACACUGCAGCGUUUUAAAGACUACGAUAAAAUCAACAACAAUUUCGAGAUCACCAUCUUUCCGAGCACACUGGACUCGCUGAAGAAAGACGGUGUUUCUAUCGAAGAUUUGAAACGUAUAUAUUUCGGCGAUCAACCGAUCGGCGAGAAAACAUUGCAAAACUAUGCGGAUUUGCAAAGCGACAUAGCGUUCCUUCAAGGUAUUCACUACGUGGCCAAAGAUUUAAGAGAGAAGUACCCCCAGAAUACGUACUUUUACAAAUUUUGCUACGAAACCGGCGAGUCGUUGAUGAAACAAAAAUUGGAAGUCACUUUGCCAGGUAUGGUGCACAAUUGUUCUCUAUUAUUGUUUAAUUCAGUACACAUUGAUAUACAUAUUAUUUACAGGGACGACACAUGCCGAAGAUCUGUAUUUCCUCUUCUUCCCACACGUGAUAAAGCUGGCGGACAUGAAACCACCGGGACCCGGAAGCGACGACUACAAAGUCAUAGAGUACUUCACUCAAAUGUGGACCGACUUUGCAAAAACUGGGAAUCCAACUCCAGUAACCACAAAUCUGAUCUCGACCACUUGGAAACCCAUGGGCAAAGGCAACGAAUACAAUUAUUUAGAGAUAACCGAAAAACUUCAGAUGAAAACUGACAAACUGGACGAACACACCUUCAACUGGAAGAAAAUGAAGAACAAGUUGUGAUUACUAAUUUCUCGCUAUCUGUAAUUUGUAUAUACGCAUGCCUGUGAAAUUAAUCAAUAAUACCAGUGACAUAGGCGGAACAAA